AUGCUAAAUGGGCCAACUUAUCCUCAUAUAGUAAAAGACUUAUGGGUUAGGACUAAAUUUUUUGAUGAGUUUGUUGCAUCGGUGGAAUUGAAUCAGUUGAUUGAGAAUGAUAGCUCUUUGAAAAGAGAGAGUAGAGAAGAAGUGUGUUUGAAGAAAUUUGAAGAAGUAGAAAUCAGAUCAGCAGUAAUGGGUAUUGAUGUUAUCAUCACUCAAAAGACAAUUGUUAAACUCUUGAAGGCACCAAACUCUGGAAAGUUUGUUGUAAACACUAAAGAUAACAGUCCUGAAGAAGAUGCUAUCAAAAGAUCUAUGUUUGAUAAUGCUGACAAUUUGUGUUCCUUUGAAUUUCGAAAAGUCAAGAACAUGCAUAAGUAUUUGAAGCUUCUAUUAAAAAUUCUUAUUGUGUGUCUGAUCCAUAGAGAAGGGAGUACUGAUCAGAUCUCAUGGGAUUACAAGAAUUUUAUCUUCUACCUGAAGAAUGAAGACAAGAUAAAUCUAUUUGCAUAUAUCUUCAAUCAUAUUUGUGAGUAUAUCAAGGAUACCACAAAGCUUCACAAGAAGAAUGUGCCAUAUCCUAGACUGUUGUAUGAACUAUUUUAUCAAGGUCGUCUAAUUGAUGCCCUUAAAACAUUUCCUGACAAUAAGGAUCUGAAAGAGAUUCAUGAAAACAUCAUAUUUGCUUAUGUUCUUGCAAACUUGAAGCUUAUGAAGAAAAGUGAUGUGGUAGCUUCAAUGGUGCCUCUCUCUAUCAUAUGUACUUAUCCUGACUAUCUUGAGGAGUAUCAUGUCAUCACCAAUAAGGAUAAUCCUGAAAGGAAGAAAAUUGAUUUAGUUGCUCAAAAUAAUGUUCAGAAUCCCUUUAAGAAAAGAAAGGAGAUUAAGGAAUAUAUUGAUGAACUUAUUUCUUCCACUGUCUUAAUGUCAUCCAAGACAAGAAGGGGAAGGACUCCUCCAGAGGUGUCUUCUUCCUCUGUCUCACUUGAUGUACCUUUAAGAAGGAAUAAGUCAAGGAAGUUAUGUGAAAUAGAAGAGGAUGAUGAAGAAGAGGAUCUUAGUGAGUCAUUGGUCGUAAGAAAUAAAGUUACAUAUGUUGUUGCUCAAAAGAGUGUCAUAAAGUCUAUCUUCAUAAGUGCUCAACUCUUAACAUCUGUUAUGUUGGAUCAAUCAAAGAAGCUUCUAGAAACCUUUGAUGCUUUGAUUGAAGAGGUUUUUGGUGUUGGUGUUUGGAGAUUGCAGAGGUUCAAGGUGAAAAAUUAA